CCACACAAGUUUCUGACAGAUGUCCCUGAGAUUAUUUGGGUCUGAAGUCAAGGCUAAAACAGCCGAGUGUUUUGGUUCAGUCCUGAAACGGUUAAACCAAAUGUUUGAGUUUCAAUAUUUUGAUUAUAAACUAUUGCUUAAAACCUUGAAGUCUUCUUUUUUCUUCUGCUCUGGUAAUGAUUUACUCUACUGAUCAUAUUCUUAACUCGCUGAAUGUUACGUUUAGAGACAGCACAGCAGGCAACAAGGAAGCAACAUAUUACAAUAUUCUAAUCUAGAGGUUAUUUCAGAAACAUGUACCGGUUUCUCAUUGCUAUGUGCGGUUAGCAUUUGUUUUAUUUGGACUUUUUCUCAAAAGAUAAUGUGCUGUUUUAUUACUGUUAUGUCUUCUACGGUAGGUCCUUCAAGAACCUUAAAGAGCUCCAGAGAGAAAUGAGAAAAGAACGGCCAUCUUAUUCCUGACUGAUAUAUCAGUCUUUCUGCUUUACCUUGAUGAGUUUAACUGUGCAUCAUCAACAUAGAAGUGACAUUAUGUUUGCAAAUUACGUCAUUAUCUCCAUGGGGAUAAAUAUAACAGGAGACUAAGAAGGAGGGCUAAAGCAGACCCUUCUGGGACACCAUAUUGGACCAUAUACACUCUAUUACAGCUAACAAACUGCUGAUGGUGUUAAAUGCAAUCGAAACAUGUCAAGAAGUUGUUUAGCUAAACAGGCUGUGGUUUUAAGCCUGUCCAUUAGGGCGGCUGUGGAUCAGGUGGUAGAGCGGGUCGUACACUAAUCGUAGGGUUGGCGGUUUGAUUCCCGGCCCACAUGACUCCACAUACCGAAGUGUCCUUGGGUAAGACACUGCACCCCGAGUUGCUCCCGAUGGCAAGUUAGCGCCUUGCAUGGCAGCUCUGCUACCAUUGGUGUGUGAGUAUGUGUAUGUGAAUGGGUGAAUGAGACACAGUGUAAAGCUAUAUAAGUGCACCAUUUACCAAUAGAGUAGAGUGAAAUACUGAACUCAAAUCCACUAAUCCCAGGGCAAUAUGUGCCUGGAAAUGGGGCAACAAUGCCUUUUUAUUUUUCAGAGCAAGUACAUGUAUGUUUUUGGUAUUUGUUGAUAUUGAUAUUGAUACUGAAAUGAGUAACUUACUUACUAUAAAUCAAUUGGGAUCAUCGUGGAACUGAGUAACAAGGCAUGGUAUUGGGCCGUUCCCAGUAUGAGUAUUUAUGCUUCCUUAUUAAGAAGCUUCUGGGAACUAGACUGAAAGAUAUCCUGCUUGUAAUUCAUGUCAAACAUUAUUAGACACUAAUAAAGUUGGCACCGAAACUGUGCAUACGUGUGUAGAACACAAUUUUUGCACAAUACAAGUUAGAAAAGAAAAGUUUUGGGUUGUUUUUUGUUUUUUUUAAACGCAGUUAUGUGGUUGUUGUUGACGCGGUUGUUUUUAACCUCAUUUCACGAGCGGCUGAUAUCUAAACGCAUCGAUCUCGUUUUGAUAAGGGGUGUUUUAUGAGAAAUUGUCAGUCAUAAACCGUUUAAACGGAACACCGUGACACAAUUUUUACAGCUCAAGGUCACGUAUGCAGUGAAAAACAGUCCAAAGGCCGGUCACGUUUCCGUUAAACACAUACAUAUAAAUUCGGAACAAGCUCAAUGCCACGCAGAACCGUUAUACAGAGAUCGAGACAUGAUUAGAGAAAUGAAGGGACUCGUGGUCUUGUUCUCACUGUUUCUCCUCAACGCAGCUGAAAGACAAGAUCUUUCAGGUAAAAUGUUCACAUUUCCUGUGGAGUCCAAUACUCAUCAUGUGGUCCUCAGUCCUGAGACGAAUAAGAUCUUCUUCGCUGUUACUGUGUGUCUGCGUGCCUUCUCCGACAUUUCCAGAGCUCAGAGCCUUUUCUCACUUUCUCUGCCAUCGACAGACAAUGGAUUUUUAAUUUACAAGCAGAAGCAAGGAGCGUAUAGCGUGUAUGUGUUAGGACAAAGUGCUGAGUUUUGGGGCUUGCAGGACGAAUCCAAUGUCUGGAAUUCAGUGUGCGCUACCUGGGACGCUAGCACAGGACUCGCUCAGCUGUGGGUCAAUGGAAUCCCGAGUUCACGAAAAGGAAUCAAGGCAGGAAGCUCUUUAACUGGAGCGCCAAAAAUCAUUUUGGGUCAAGAGCAAGAUUCUUACGGUGGAAAAUUUGACACUGUCCAGUCGUUUGUAGGGAUGCUGACUGAUGUGCACAUGUGGGAUUUUGUUCUGUCUCCUCAUCAGAUCACAUAUUAUACAUAUGGUGGGAUGAUUCAACCAGGAAAUGUUCUCAAAUGGAACUCCUUAGAAUUCAGUAGAAAUGGGUACGUGGUCAUUGAAAAUAAGGAAACGUCACGUAAAGCUGGUAAUGGUUAAACUCUAGAGCAACUCAGACUAGAUGUCGUACAAACUAGAUGUUUUCUCUGAAUACUCUAUAUUGUAAGAUUGUAUUUUUUUUUCCCCCCAUACAUAGUAUUUUGCAUGAUUUUUUUCCUUCUGUAAAAUGUAUUUGUUUAUGUUAAAUUUGUGCUUGGGGUGUAGACGGAAUUGUUCAUCUGUAAAAAAAAUUUCUCUAUUAACAUGAUUAGAAAUAUUGACACUCGCAAUUGUAAUAUUUGGCAGAAUUUAAAACAAGAAUGUACUUUUUUUUUUACAAUUACCGUUUUGUUUAGUCACCUGAAUCAAUAUUGUGUGAACAUUCAAUAAAGAUUUCAUGGCAUCACAGUUUUAACUUCUUGCCAAAGGAAGUCA